UCCGGCGCGCGUGCGCAGUUCGAAGCGCCCGGCUGCCAUUUUGUCAGCGGCGCUGUCCCUUUCGUUGCGGCCUUUACUGAGCGAUCCCGAGUAGCGCCAUGCCGGCCGGGCCCGUGCAGGCCGGGCCUCCGGCGCAGCCAGCGCCUCCCGCGGAGAGCAAACCGCCAGAAGAGGAGCCAAAAGAGGAAGCAGCACCAGCCAAGCCUGUGGUGGGAAUUAUUUAUCCUCCUCCUGAGGUCAGGAAUAUUGUUGACAAGACUGCCAGCUUCGUAGCCAGAAAUGGUCCAGAAUUUGAAGCUCGAAUUCGUCAGAAUGAAAUAAAUAACCCUAAGUUCAAUUUCUUGAAUCCCAACGAUCCUUACCAUGCAUACUACCGGCACAAAGUCAGCGAGUUCAAGGAGGGCAAAGCACAGGAGCCCUCAGCUGCUAUUCCCAAGGUCAUGCAACAGCAGCAAACUGCUCAGCAGCAGCUUCCACAGAAGGUGCAGGCCCAGGUGAUCCAGGAGACGGUUGUUCCAAAAGAACCACCUCCAGAGUUUGAGUUCAUCGCAGAUCCACCCUCGAUUUCUGCCUUUGAUUUGGAUGUGGUGAAGCUGACAGCGCAGUUUGUGGCUCGGAACGGGAGGCAGUUCCUGACUCAGCUGAUGCAGAAGGAACAGAGGAACUACCAGUUUGACUUCCUUCGCCCGCAGCACAGCCUCUUUAACUACUUCACAAAGCUGGUUGAACAGUACACAAAGAUCUUGAUCCCACCAAAAGGCUUACUCAUCAAACUCAAGAAGGAGGCUGAAAAUCCCAAAGAAGUCCUAGAUCAGGUGUAUUACAGAGUGGAGUGGGCAAAGUUCCAGGAGCGAGAGAGAAAGAAGGAAGAGGAAGAGAAGGAGAAGGAACGUGUUGCUUAUGCUCAGAUUGAUUGGCAUGACUUUGUGGUUGUGGAAACAGUGGACUUUCAGCCCAACGAGCAAGGGAAUUUCCCACCUCCCACCACUCCAGAAGAGCUGGGAGCUCGAAUCCUCAUCCAGGAGCGCUAUGAGAAGUUUGGGGAAAGUGAGGAGGUAGAGAUGGAGGUGGAGUCAGAUGAAGAAGAUGAGAAACAAGAGAAAACAGAUGAGCCUUCGACUCAACUGGAUCAAGACACACAGGUGCAGGAUAUGGAUGAGGGCUCAGAUGAUGAAGAUGAAAGUCAGAAAGUUCCUCCUCCUCCAGAAACUCCGAUGCCACCACCUCUUCCUCCCACACCAGAUCAGGUCAUUGUGCGGAAAGACUAUGAUCCCAAAGCUUCAAAACCGUUGCCGCCUGCCCCAGCUCCAGAUGAGUAUCUUGUUUCCCCCAUCACUGGGGAGAAAAUUCCUGCCAGUAAAAUGCAAGAGCACAUGAGGAUUGGUCUGCUGGAUCCUCGAUGGCUGGAGCAGCGCGAUCGCUCUAUCCGUGAAAAACAGAGCGAUGAUGAAGUCUAUGCCCCAGGUUUGGAUAUCGAAAGCAGCUUGAAGCAGCUGGCAGAGCGCCGUACCGAUAUCUUUGGUGUGGAAGAAACUGCCAUUGGUAAGAAGAUUGGUGAAGAGGAAAUUCAGAAACCAGAGGAAAAGGUGACCUGGGAUGGCCACUCAGGCAGCAUGGCCCGUACACAACAGGCUGCUCAGGCCAAUAUUACUCUUCAAGAGCAAAUUGAAGCUAUCCAUAAGGCCAAGGGACUGGUGCCAGAAGAUGACAGCAAGGAGAAGAUUGGUCCCAGCAAACCCAAUGAAAUGCCCCAGCCACCCCCUCCUUCGUCAGCAUCGAAUCCCCCUCCGAGUGCUCAGCCUAUCACUUCUGUGCCUCGUCCACCCACAAUGCCUCCUCCUGUUCGUGCUGCUGUUGUUUCUGCAGUUCCUGUCAUGCCUCGUCCCCCGAUGACCUCCGUGGUCCGUUUACCUCCAGGGUCUGUCAUAGCCACCCCCAUGCCACCAAUAAUCCACACCCCACGAAUCAAUGUUGUCCCCAUGCCACCAUCUGCUCCUCCCAUCAUGAGCCCUCGCCCACCUCCCAUGAUAGUACCAACAGCAUUUGUUCCAGCACCUCCCGUGGCUCCAGUUCCUUCCCCAGCACCAAUGCCUCCUGUUCACCCACCACCACCUAUGGAGGAUGAGCCAGUUUCAAAGAAACUGAAGAGUGAGGACAGCUUGAUUCCAGAGGAGGAGUUUCUGCGCAGGAACAAGGGCCCAGUCACAGUCAAAGUCCAGGUCCCCAACAUGCAGGACAAGACUGAAUGGAAGCUGAAUGGCCAAGUGCUGGUGUUCACUCUGCCACUUUCAGACCAGGUGUCUGUUAUAAAGGUUAAGAUCCAUGAGGCCACAGGGAUGCCAGCUGGGAAACAGAAGCUGCAGUAUGAGGGCAUCUUCAUCAAGGAUUCAAAUUCCCUGGCUUAUUACAACAUGACAAGUGGCUCUCUGAUUCACCUGGCACUCAAAGAAAGAGGAGGCAGAAAGAAAUAGGAGCUCUGGAGUCCAGAGAUGUAACAGGGCUGCUUUACCACUUGUGUAACCCCAGCCAUUCAAAUCCUCCAGCCUCUUAGGGGCUGUGUGGCAAGCUGUAGACUGCCUACCAAUGCUAGAUUAGAAGGGGAGACAAUGAACCCAUACCUGUGGCUGAUAAGAGGGGGAAGCUGAAAGAGCCCUGAAAGCUGUGUACAUGUAGUGAGCUAGUAUGUAGUUGCAGUCUGUUAGUGAUCAGUGCUUAGCUAGAAUGAUGUCCAGGUUUGCUGUCUCUACAGUGAAUUUCCUAGUGAAGCAACAUUGAGGUCAUGCCCAGCUUAGUCUAGAUCCAUCUUUAUUUGAGGGAUUUUCUGACCAAGAACAUCAUCUGUCUGACUACAGUAUUUGCUGCUUCACUUAACCUUUUUUUUCCCUAAUUGAAAAUUUAUUUCUUUAUAUACUUAGUAAGCUCUUUGUUCUUUCUGUCUCAUAUCUAUCUGCAAGAGCCUCUUGCACUGACCCUGACUUGGAGUUUUAUCCUCUCAGUAUGAGUGUGCAUGGCUCUCCAUUGUGAUAAAGGAGAUCUGGGGCUGCAUGCUAAGCAGCUUCAUGCUUGUUCUGUACAGCCUGUGAUUUGUUUUAAUAAACAUGCAUCUCAGUGCAGGA